AUGGCAACGCUGAUACAUACGUUCUCUGGUGCAACCUUGUCGAACAAAGAUUAGGAAACAUAUCUUGCUGAACUUAAUUGCUGAAUACUGCUGAAUCAUACAAAAUUCAAAAAGGCUUCAGCGGCUUGUGUCAACGUCGAUUUUUCAGAAUUUGUGAUUGCAUUGUUUAGUGACUUCUUAAUUAUUGUACUAGUAGAAAGAAAACAAGUUAAUUUUUGAUAAAGUUCAAAACAGCAUUGCGACAAUAAAUAAAUUAUUUGGUAGACAUAGAACGAAGGGGCAAAAUUAAAGUCCUGAAAAUCAAAUGGAUCCUUUUACGCAGCGAAUGUUAGAUAAAGCUGAGCAGCGAAGUCGUGCAUUGGGCAUUAGUAACGCAGGCAAAUAUCCGCUUGCUGAAUUUACCGAAAGUAUUAAUGCCAGUAACCCGAUCGAUGCUAUAGCAACAGGAAAGGAGCAACAGUCUUCGCACCUUCAGCAUGCUGGUGCAAGGCAACAGCAUGGUACUCAGUCUCCUAAGUCGGCCCCAGCGCAAGCGUCGACAACGGCAGGAAUCACCAAUAAUAUAGAAAAUUGUACAGGCGUCAGUAAUAGGCUGCAAGUCGUCGAAAAACCUGCGGUAGAUUUAGUGAGUACGUCGACCAAUGCCAAAAGAGUUCAUCGUCAAUUCACAGCAGUUGAUAAGGAAAAUAUGGAUUUGGGAAUUGAAAUUAACAUUAUGACGGAUAAAGACGUGGAAGUGCAGGUUCAGGUUGAAGAACAAGAAAUAGUUAAGGAUGGCCCCGAUACCAGUUCAGAGCAUUCUUUGGCCAAAAUACGGGAUACAUCACGUAGUCGAUUGCAACGCCUCGGAGCUCUAUAUGCGAAUCCAAACGAUCUCUCAUCUCCAAUACAUCGUACUGAGGGUAAUUUCUGUGCGGACUCACCUGCUGAAGAAACUGUGGAAAAUAGUAUUAAACGUGUCAAACAACGAUACGGAAAAUUAGCCGAACUUGCGAGUUCUAUAAAUGAAUGGGAGGACGACAUUUCUCACCACGAUCCACAUCCGAUCAGUAUUAUGGCACCUCCCAAACCAGAUUUGCCUAGUAGAAAAAUUUCGGAUGUGCCCCCGCCUAAGCCUGCACUGCCAAGCAGGAGCUCGGUGGUUGAACUUGCGUGUACUAGUGCUAAUUCAUCACCGUUUCUUACAAAGGCAAAUGGUGACAGUAAAAUACGAGAAAAGGUGGCGGCUCUUGUAGCGAGCGCUUCAACUAUGGGCGAAAACAAAAUCAAAGCUGAAAUACAUAAGCAACGCCAAGAAGACAUGCAAAUUCUUGCAAAGCGUUUCAACAAACAAAAAGAAGUUUUCAGAAAAGAUGAGGAGCACAUUGUGCAGCCUGUACAAAUGAAAACUCCUGACACAAAACAGACAACAAAAUUUAAACAUCCACCCACACCGCCGCCUCCUCCCCCCAUGCCCAAUACAUCUUCGAAUGCGACGAAUAAGCGGCAUUCCCCUGGCGAUGCCACUUGCGAUGAUGAAAGCAAGCGAGCACGUAAAUCAGGUGAAAAUAUAACUCAAACAACUCGGCUUUAUCCCGCACUGUCAGAUUUGGAAUCUGAGUCUGAUCGGGACAAUGGUGGGACCACAGCUACUGUGUCCGAGCAUGGCAGCGCGGGUGAAAAUAUGCGCAUGUUGACAGCAGCUCCUGAAACGGACAAUGCAGAAAGUUAUAAUGACGAAGGAAGUUUUAUGGAAUCGGAGGAUGCAGACGACAGCAGUAUAGACAUUUGCAAUGGUAGUUUGGGUCGAGUAAUAAUGCAAGUGGUACAACAGAAUGACCAUCAACAGCAGCAACACCAGUCAACGAAGCAACGAAAGGAAGUACACUAUGCUGACAAUAAUGAUUAUUAUGGUUGCGCUGAUAGCUCAAUGAAUUCUUCCGAUGCUUCAAUGGGUGUUGAUGAUUACCUGGAUGAAGCUUUAGAAGACGGCAAUGAUUCUUGCGCGCAGGAAAGCGGCGUUAACGCGGACGACGGUGAUGGUAUAAAUCCACCGAGAGAAAGCAAAGGUACAGCGGCCUCAAAUAGCUUUUCCUUCCAUAAAACCCCCAAAAAAUACACCAAUUGUCAAAGUAUAUCAGAAGAAAAUGAGGAAUUGCCUACGUCUACAGCUGGCUGCACCCCACAUCCAGUGAAAUCUGAGCUGAGUAUUAAUCGUGACAACGAUGAUAAAAUGGUCACUUUGGUUCAUACGGUCAGCUUUUAUAGACGCCAGCAAAGCGACAAUAGUGCCAGUUCGACGCCCGUGCGUAAGGUAUGUCGCGAGCAGCAAGUACUACGAUCUGAUAUCGGUAAUGCAACGCGUGCAGCAAUGCAAUUUGAUUCUCCUAAACAGCAAGAGAUUAACUUUCAAAAGAGCAAACACGAUGAAACAUACGUUGUGGAAGAAGGGGAAGAGGAAGAAGGCAGUCCAUUCGAGGAAUCGGAUGCAGAUGAUGAUAAUGUAGUGCAAGAAAAAAUUAAAAAACUUUUGGAUGAAGUCUGCAAGCAACAGACCGUAAUUGCUCAGACAAGUCAAGCACUGAAUUUGUGUGCAGCUACGGUAGAAUUCUCCGGUUCAACAGAGUCAGUUGAGGGCGAGCGCCAUCUGCUGGUAGCAACACACCGACGGCAGGCAUGCUUAGAUGAAGUACAACGCUUGCGAGUAGAGAAAUGCUUGAGGCCGGUUGGUGCAUUGCGCGAUAAUGGACGACUCACAGUCAAGGAGAUAACCAUACCAUUACGUCAGGAUUAUAUUCGAAAACUCGCUGCGGAUACCAUAUCCGGCCAUCAUUUGGUUUGUUUGCUCAAAUACAAUGAACACGUUUUGGCAACGAAGUCGGUGCCCACACUUCCAGGUCUGCUAGCAGUGAAAUUUCCUGAUGUAUUGCAAAUGAAUAACGUGUAUGCUGAUUUCAGGAUUACACUCGAGAUUUAUGGCAUGACCGCCCAGCGUGAAGUUUUGCCACACGAGGUGAAAUAUCAUAUAAAUCUUAAUAAAAAAUCUGGUAUCAAAACGCCUAAAAAGAAAGGCAGUGAAAACCGUUUAGUUAUGCCUCCUGUACAAAGUCCAGCUGGGCCGAAUGUCGUGCGUACUCCUGCCUUAGUGCAGUAUGGCUUUGCUAUAUUUUCCUUACGCGAGAUACAACGCACAUCUUGGACACUAACACAGGUUCUCGGUGUUAGCCCUCUAGAAGGCGUAGUGCAUAUGAAAGCGAACUGUGAAUUAUCGGUUUUGGUCGAACAUCGCGGCUUUCUAACCAUGUUCGAAGACAUUUCUGGAUUUGGUGCCUGGCAUCGUCGCUGGUGCUAUUUGAAUGGAAGCGUACUUAAUUAUUGGAAGUAUCCCGAUGAUGAGCGCAAAAAGACGCCUAUCGGCUCGAUUGAUCUGUACGCUUGUCGCACGCAGAAAGUAACUGUUGCACCACGUGAUAUAUGCGCACGCCUUAACACUAUGUUGCUUGAGUUCGAGAGACCGGCGAGAGAGAAUGAUGAGGAGUCGCUAAUUAUCAUUCCAAAUGGGCGGACUACAAUCGUGCGAUACCUUCUUUCAGCUGAUACGAAAGAGGAACGGGAACUAUGGUGUGCGUAUUUCAAUAAAGUUUUACUCUUGCUGCGAGCUUGGGGAUCACCACAAUAACUAAUGAGUUUCGGAAACUUGAAAAGAAAACAGCUCUUUCGGUUAGGUGUUUCGGGGAAAAAUGAGAGAUACCUACAUACAUAUGUAUGUAUAUAGGUAUUUUUCAGCUUCAUCUUUCAUCUUUCAUUAUACCAUUCAACAUAUCAUUUUGUUUUUGAGAAAACACCUGUUUCUAAUUUCCACGGUAAUAAUGCAUUAUAAAACGUGCUGCCAAAGUCGUAUUAUACAAAAAGAGUGUGUCUCAACAGCAUUCACAUUACAAUUUCACAGUUGGCAUCCCGACACUUCGAAAAUUACAUAUAUUUACCAAAUAAUCAUAUAAUUUUAAUGUAACUAUUGGUUCAAGCAAUCAACAUCAUACGCUACUAUGGCUAUGGCUUCAAAGAAAUUAAUUUUGUUCGUGGCAUUAAAAUAAUGAAUGCAUUUCGGUUUGUAACUAUUUGAAACUUGUAAAAAAAAAAUUUUUAGUACAUACGUAUGUAUGUAUUUAUUCGUUAUUCAUAUAUGUAUGAAGUGAAUACUUCUCCUUGGAAGCGAGAGCUCGUUGAACAUUUAUUAUUAGUAUUAUCUUUUAGCUAUAGUAAGGUGUUUUCAUAUACAUAAGUAUGUAUUGUAUUAAUGCAUUGCUCGUAAAUGUAUAUACACAAUUUUAAUUGCCUAUAUUUGUAUUUUGCUAAAAUUUCACAAGUUAAUGUUUAUUU